AUGGCGACUUUCAACCUGGACGACCACCGGAUAGCGAUCCCGAUCCCGUCGAUCCAUCUGGUCCGAGACUUCAUCAGUGCCGCCGAUGAGAGCUAUCUAAGCGGAGCGGUCGACCGUGUGGGGAACUCGAACGCGGUCGUCAAGCCUGAUCUUGCGAUCUCUGUGCGGGCGGGAGGCUGGCAACGGGUGAAUGGGCGAAGGUCGAUGUAUUGGGGCGGGACGAUGACGCCGAAGGGCAGACUGGUCCCCCAAAGUCCGCCGAGCUUUAUGACCGACGAAUGGCCGCGUGUUUUCCAACGACUCGAGGCGCUGAAGAUCUUCAGCGCCGCCGAGCCCUCAUCAUCGGGCCCGCCCCUCCCACCGAACCAUUGUCUUGUGAACGAGUACGCCCCUGGAGACGGGAUCCUUCCUCAUCUCGAUGGACCCGCAUACCUGCCGACGGUGGCCACGAUCUCCUUGGAGUCGGACACCGUGUACGAGUUCUACUGCUACUCGGACCGAUACGAGCACUUUUCAAGACGGCUGGACGCGGCUAGACGGGCGGCUGGGGCCGAUCGAGCUGGAGCGGAAGCUGGGGAGGAGAAGGACAUUGAGGGGCAGGCCGACCCAGAGGUGCCGGCGGCGACUGGCGAAGGCGGACGACCGAUCGCGCCCUCGCCGCUCUUCUCGCUCUUCGUUCCCCGGCGCUCGCUGAUAAUCAUCAGCGGAGAAUGCUACGAACACCUGCUCCACUCCAUCCCCGCCCGGCCCGCCGACCUGCUCUCCUCCCACCUCGAACCCUGUCUCAAUUGGCCCGAUUUCUCUCAGCAUCCUCAUCCGCAGCUCGACGAUCAAGCCUUGGCUCGCGGCCGCAGAGUCAGCUUGACUUGUCGAAGAGUCCAGCGCGUCGUGAAAGGCUUGGAGCACUUCUUGAAGUGA